AUGGAUUUCGAAGUCAUCCCCUAUGAGGAUAUCGUCUGGGGCGAAGUAUUGGGAGCUGGGAGUUUCGGCCAAGUCUACAAAGGGACGUACCUGGGCUUGGAUAUCGCUAUCAAGGAGAUCUUACCUCGAAAGGACUACGAUGCGAACAAGUAUUUCAUGAGAGAACAUCUCCUCAUGAGAGAAUGUCGGCAUCCGAACAUCGUGCUUUUCCUGGGACUCGCUCAUGAACCUGUUCACGGCGGGAGGACCUUUAUCUGCUCAGAGUACAUCCCCUCGGGAAACCUCCGCUCGUUCAUCCAAGAGAACAACCGGCCGUUUCCCUGGAGACUGAGGAUCAGUUUCGCUACGGAUAUCGCUCGAGCCGUAGCUUAUCUCCAUGCGAGAAAGUGUAUUCAUAGGGAUCUGAAGGGAGAGAACUUGUUGAUCACUUCGAACGACCGGGUCAAGGUUACCGAUUUCGGAUUCGCUCGGAUUGCUGCCAGAAACGAUGAUGAGAUGAAGAGGAUGUCUUACUGCGGAACGGAUGGUUAUAUGAGCCCUGAGAUUUUGAUGGGCUUAGACUUUGACGAGAGGACCGACGUGUUUUCUCUGGGAAUCAUCUUUGCCGAGAUCGCUUCGAGACGGCUGGUACAUGCCAAGAAAGAGAUUUUCACUCGGUUCCCGCCUUCUUUCUCUCUCGAUCGCGGCGAGGUCGAGAGGCUUGCUUCGCACGGCUGUCCUCCCGAUUUCAUCAACUUGAUCAUGCAUUGCGUUGAAGUACGACCGGAAGACCGACCAGCCAUGCCUCAGGUGCUGGAAAGGUUGCGCAAGAUGGAGAUCGAGAUCCUCAGCAGGCUGACGUUCGGUAAGGGAGAGCACGUCGGAAGUAUCAAGAUCGUCAAGGGUCGAGGAAGGACCGGCCACCCCGCUGGUGCUCGAGGUCUGGCUAGCUUCUUUGACAAGCGCGAGGGAAGCGUGGCGGAAGAAGCGGAACACUUUCAAGAUGCCAAGGAGCACCAGAACGAGUUUGAAUACGAUACCGAGGAGGAGGAAGUGGCGAAGAUGAUGGAGGGCUCGAUCAAGGUUGAGCACGGUGGGCGAGCGACGACGACUUGGCGUACUGCCAGGUGGGACGAGCCUCAUGCCGAGAAGCAAACCGUGAUGGACCUCUUCAACAAUCCGCCGGUGACCAAGAUUCCCGGAAGCUAUCCCAGUAGUCUUCAUCAAGGGCCAGCCGCGACGAGCUCCUCUGUCAUUACUCUCAAGGCCACCGAUCAUCGAGGAGUCCCGUCUUCCCUCCCACAGCAACAGGUACAAGAACCGGCUCAAACGCAAUCCGAGAUUCCUUCGCGACUCGAAGAUGAGCACUGGCAGGUCACCCACAAGCAGGAAAGAUCUUCUGGACACAUGAGCGUCGACGAGCCAGAAUCGCCGCCUCAAACGCAGAUCCUGCCUGCAACGCAUAGGUUCUCAAUGGUUGGGAAGACUUACACCAAGCCCGGGUUCAUGAAGCAACCAGGGAUCGUUUCGAGCGCGUUUGCUAUUUUCGGUCAUGGCUCAUCUACCUUUCCUAGAAAUGAAUCCAAGUGUCACGCCUGCGGGGUCAAGAUCGGUCGACGUCCUGCGAUGGAGUGCGAUGACUGUCACGUCUUCGUCCAUGUCAAGUGUUCCGAUCGAGCUCCCAUCGACUGCGGAAAGCACUAA